GCACGCCGAUUGAGAUGCAGAUACCAGUCGGCCGCCGCCGCUGCCGCGACUCACGCUCCGAGACCACGACCGGCCACGAGUUCUACCUCCAGACCCCGACGCUUCCAGUUCCGAUAGACCCCGCGCCUACCGAGGCAGUCCCCGGGCACGUACCUCCUAUCCCGGCGCCGUCGCCACGCUCCCAGUGUCGGUGGUGAGAAGUGAGCUAACGAAUCGCUAACAGUAACAGUGCUAAAAGCUUUGUCGGCAGUAGGCGUCAAGGAGUUUCCCGACGCAACCCAACCGGUUUCUCUCUUACUUAGUCGUUAAGGAUCAUAUUCAAUCUGUGCCAAAAAAAAACUGAAAAUACAUAGGUGAAAACACGGUGAAGUGUCUACUACCUUUUCUCAAGGAGACGGAAGAAAAUCUUUAAUUGUCGAUUGAAGUCAUGGAGGCACACAAUUUUCAUCGAACUGGAGGCGGCAAACCUCAUAGAUGUUAUCUAGUGGCCUCUCGGUGGAGGGUAUAGGGCAUGUUCUCCCCCUGCACAGUGUCGGGAGUUACCCUAGCUUCCUGGCGGCCCAUCAAGCCCAUCACCACCACCCGCACCCAAUGACGUUUAUGGAGCCGUACCUCAAGUCGGAGCUGAGGCCGCCCGUGCCUGAGUUCAUCCGGCCCCUGCCCAAACCCAUAGUGCCAUCCACCAAGUACAACAGCGUCCUGGGCAGUCCCUCCGCGGCGCGAACCCUCCACUCCCACCCCCGCCAACACCCGCACCCCCACCCUCACCCCCACUCCAUCCAAAAUCCCUUCGGCUCCCUGUACCCGAGCCACUACAUCCCGCUCCAGCUCUCCCGCGAGCAGAACCUCGCUCCGUCCACGGUACCCAUCGAGCAGUUCCCCGCCUCGCAGCCGUCCGCCAACUCCCCCGCCACCGCCUACUCACCCCCCGCGCUACCCUCCCCGUGCCCCUCCUCCUCCUCCACGUCCUCCUCGUCGUCCUCCUCCUCCUCCCCCUCCACGUCGAAACCCCCAGCGCCCAAAGACCUGCGACGGCCUCUGAAGGCAGUGCACGGCCCCAACUCGAGCGGGAGGGAAGGCUCCCUCAAGCACCGGAUCCUCACGAGGCCGGAGUCGAAGGUGCCCAAGGUGGGGUCCUCGUCGAUGCCCUCGUCGUCGGCGGCCGCGGCCCCGGUGACGCCCACGUCGACGUCGUCGUCGACGUCGCCCUCGCCGUUCAGCCAUGGCGGCGUGGCGACGGCGCCCAACUUCAGCCGCGGCUCCCUCAUCCAGCUGGCCAACGGGGAGCUGAAGAAGGUGGAGGACAUGCAGGCCGAGGACUUCAUCAACUCGGCCAAGAAGAGCCCCGAGCUCUGCCUGGACCCGAGCACUGUCGUCCGGAUCGACGAAUCCACGCUCACCCGCCGGGGCACCACCAUCCUCACUCUGAGCCACGGCAACAGUCGCAACGAGGUGGAGCUGGAGUCAGCGAUGGAGCAGCCGUUCUUCGUGAUGGGGCACGGGUGGGCCUCGUGCUCGCCGGACGUGACGUUCCGCAAGUACGGGCUGGAGUGCCACAAGCUCCAGGUGGGCGACGUCUGCAUAUCCCUGUCCCCGCGGCCGAGCGAGCCGGGGCCGGCAGGGGCGAGCCAGAGCCAGGAGCGCGAGCGGGACCAGAGGCGGCGGAGCAAGAAGAGCCCCGCGCAGGGCGGCAAGAGCGAGGCGCAACCCGGGCAGCCCGGCNGAUUGUUCUCGGAGAGUAGUUUAAAAAUAGUGCUCUACACGGAGAAAAGGGCAUCCGUGAAUGGAGGUAUCGUUUUCAAGAAAGCAACUACUGUCAAGUUGAGUCGAAAAAUCGAAUUUUCGACGGGAAACAAGAGUGCCAGGUUAAUGUUUUUGUUCUUUUGCCACCAGGUGGAGCUGGAGUCGGCGAUGGAGCAGCCGUUCUUCGUGAUGGGGCACGGGUGGGCCUCGUGCUCGCCGGACGUGACGUUCCGCAAGUACGGGCUGGAGUGCCACAAGCUCCAGGUGGGCGACGUCUGCAUAUCCCUGUCCCCGCGGCCGAGCGAGCCGGGGCCGGCAGGGGCGAGCCAGAGCCAGGAGCGCGAGCGGGACCAGAGGCGGCGGAGCAAGAAGAGCCCCGCGCAGGGCGGCAAGAGCGAGGCGCAACCCGGGCAGCCCGGCAAGGACCUCGCCAGCGCCAGCAAGGAGAACGUCGCCUGCAAGAAGCGCCGCUGGUCAGCGCCCGACCAGUUCUGCGACGAGGAGGGCCUCCCGGUCCUCGGCAACAGACCCCCCUCGCAGGACUCCGGGGUCGCCCUCCACAGGGCUCACGGCUCCAGGAGCAAGUAGCCCGCCCACCUCCGUUUCCCCUAGUACCCCAAUCACGAACCUGAUAGACUCAUUUAGUGACUACGUCUUUCGAUAAUAUCGAACUCUUGGUUCAAACCAAAAUAAACUAACGUAACUUCGUGUAAGUUCUUAACAGGACAAGGAUCGUUCAGACAUUGGCGGAUCCAGCGAAUUGGCAACACUGCUUUUCCCCAUUUAAACCUAUGGAAAUAUAUAGAUUCCUGGAGGGGCCAAGUGCUCCAAAAUAAAUCGAUUCUUUAGCAUAGGUUUAAAUGGAGGAAAUCCGGUGUUGCCAAAUUGCUGAGUCCGCCCCUGCGUUUAGGCAAUAUUUGGACGAUCGUAGAAUCAUAGAAUCUCCCCUUCGCCCGGAUUGCGGCGUGGUCGACACCCCGGAACACGUCUCUUUUAUUUUUAAGAGAUUUGCUAAAGAGAGAAGUGAAAUUGAAAAAAAAAACUAAAAGAAAACUUAGACAUAAACAGAAUUAUAGAAAAAAAUUUAAAAACUGCAAAAUGUAUUAUAAUGUAUAGAAAUUAAAAACAAAGAUUUUAAAGAAAAUAGAAAUAAAGAAAGGAAAAAAUUCCGAUGUUAUGCUAGAAGACGGUGCCGGAGUGUCGACCUCACGAGCGAAUUAGUGUUGGGAAAGAAAAAAAAGAAAGGAGAAGAAGAAAAAAAACUUUAUGUACGAAUUCUUAAUGACUUAAUUGUGUUAAAUUAUUAAAAUGUAGUCACUGACCUGUCAUAAAUCAAUUAAAGGAUCAUUAAACACGAGAAAUUUCGAUUGCAAGAAACACCUCUGGACGCAUUUUACCACCAUGGCGCAAAAGGCGCGAAUCAGAAACAAAGUUCGGUGUUUGUUUACAUUUGAACCAAGGGUUCGAUAUUAUAUCCAAUGACGUAGCUAAUAAAUCAGACUAUUGUCCCCCCCCCCCCCCCCCCCCCAGGCGACCAGAGAUUUGAGCUCAUCUGUCAAGAAUCAUGGAGCCAGGCUCUCCCAUGGAAAAAGCCAGAGGCUAUAUAUUUUAGAGACUAUCUUCCCUUUAGUAUAAAAUUCCAGGUCAAUAGAUCAGCUCAAGUCUACGGUAGCGAUGGUUAAAAUUUUUAUUAGAAUCUGACUUUUAAUAUAAUAAAAUAUGCUAAGAAAAUAAUCUCUCCCAAUUUCUUAUGUAAGCAUGCAGUCACAUAAAACUUUCCAUGUGUUGCUUUCCUUCCUUGCAAUAAUGACAAGAAUAAUCUUUGUAGGAAUUUACUUCCGUACAUAUGCAUAUAUUCAUUGAAAGUAUUUGGUUAGAUUACCCACUGCGUUGAUAGGUUGUAUGUAAAGAGAAGUAUUUAUUUUUUUAAUCUAAUAAUCAAUCCAUGCCGACUUUUCAAUCACAAAACUUGUUCUGGCUCUGCUUCAAAGCACAUCCGUUUAAAUAAAUGUAUAACUUCUCACUGUACGAGAAUUAUUUUUGUAAGCCUCAAAUAAUUCAGGGAGAUUACUGUUACCUCAAGAAUUAUUUUUGCUCCAUUCGGAUAUACUUUGACAUAGGUAGUAUCCUAUAAAUAGUAAAGCUCAUUUAACCAAUUGUAAAAUUUUCAAAACUGGAUUCUGGUGCUUCUACUAAUUUUGAUUCCAUCAUACGCGACAUCACCAAUGAAUAUACCUGCUCCUUUUGAUGCAUUUCCUACGUUCUCUGGUUGCCCAAAAUUACACGUUUUACAUUUUGCAGAGAACAAGCGUACUCAAGGUAAUUAUACGAUACUAAAAAUGAAUUAUACGAUACUAAAAAUGAAUUUUAAGAUUACCUCAACGACAGAAAAACAAAAAGUAAAGGGCAGAAGCCCUUACAAAUUGUGCUAUUUUCCUCUCUAUCUCUUUUCAUGCAAAUCAACGCGUUGCAUUGGUAACUGUUGCCGUAAAGGCACGUGGGGAGCUUGUUGCCUACUCGGCAAUUGAAGGCGCGCAGCUCAGCACACAUUGAAGCAUUUAAAUCUAAACCCCGCUUUUCAUUUAUUAUUAUUAUUCUAUAAUUUACUUUGUUGGUUUUUCUCGAGCCAAUCAAUUUAGAGUUAUUCAGCUAUUAAUCUACUCUGAUUAGUAUCGAAUGUACUUAACAGUUUCCUAAUUGUAAGUUAAUAAGUUGUACAAUUCUUAUUACUGAAAUGAAUCGCUCAGAAGGAGGGGCUCUAGUUUAUAAUAUGCAUAUUGUAUUUUCUGAAUCAAGACUGAUUUUUAGAGCAAGACUGCGUAAUUUCGUUUAUGUAUUUUCAUGUUUGUCACUCUGACACAAACAACAGUGAACUCUAUGUGUGAUUUGUAAUAAUAAUUGUAGGAUACGUACCUACUUUGAUGUCUUGAAUUUUACCAGUAUCUACUGACUACCUAGAGGGGAAAUUAGAAGUAAGAUCUAGUUUGAGAUUAGUUGUAACCCUCCCAUCUUUGUCAAACUUUUUAACUUGUGAUAAAGCAGAGGCAUGCAUUUUUUAAGUACUUACUCCUCUAUUUUCUCUGACUGCACAACCUAUGAAUAAAUUUUAAAAACCCUGAGCUGAAAGGGUUAAUUGCAAUGUAGCAUUACAAAACAUCAUUUGACAAUUUGGUUAGGAAUUUAAAAAAAAAAAUAAUAAGGACUACUUAACUACUGAAAGUUUCUAAAUUAUGUCAAAUGAAGAUUUACAAAAAUCGGUAUAUUUUUCUGAUUAUGCCAUAAGUUUUAAAUUUAGCACCUCCCUUUUCUUGAUCGGCGAUAUAGCAAUGAGUUUGAGAGUCUUGAGUUUUGAAUUGCGAAUGAGCUCGUCAGAGACGCUCAGAAAUAAAAAAAAUUCAAUACUCCAAAAAUAAAUGAUUCAACAUACACACUGUCAUACCAGGGUAGAUUGCAGAAUGGACAUCGAACGAUGCCAAAUUUCUUUUGAUAUACAGCGAAUUUUCAGGGAAACCUGUCAACAUUUUUCUUCAACUUUCUCAGACAAUUUUCCUCUAAAUUGAAUCCGAAUAAUUUGAAAGUUUCAUUCAAGAUAUUCAUAAAUUUCGUCUAAAAUCAGCAUUUUAUCAUGAAAAAUUUGGCAACGUGUUAAUGUAUAUACGGUGUUCUCUCUUAGCACAGCAGCACAGGGUUCCUGCAAGUUCUUCGCUCUUACUCACUUUUGAGUUUCCCCAAAAGCAUAUACCUAAAUUUAACCUGGACCCGUCUUUUCAUGAAAUCUUCUUUUUGAAAGUUUAUCAAGAUGUAUGAAAUUAUAGCGGUUCAUCCCAAUACGGUGAAUUUAAACCGUUGGCUGCUUUUAAGAGCUCAAAUUUAAAACCCGUAUUUUCUUCCUCUUUCUUUGCUUCAUUUGAAAUUCAUUUUCGCUCGAGUCGCAGUAUCUAACUUUAAAUCAUCGUUGUUUAAAAUUUGCAGAAACUCUAUGAAUGUUGAAUUUUGAUCAGAUAAAUUUAUUUUUAAAUAUUGUAAAUAUGAACACAAACUCGCUGCAAUCACAGAUUUAGUUUUAUUGCAUGAUGACCCUCAUGUAUUGUGCGAUAUGUACAAAAAUAUGCUUACAUGUAAUGAUCUUGUAUAUUUUUUUAAUGAAUUUCACAUGUCUUUUUGCAAACACAUGUUGUUUACAGGGAAUGCAAGUAACUCUAAAUCCAUAACUUGUUUAACCAAAGGUUGAAAAAGUCUUGUGUCAGUUGUCAUUCUAGCUCUGCUGGCCCAUUUUUCGUUCUUUUGGCAGACUAACCCGACUUUUAUUCCUAUAUUCUUUUCUCCUUCUUUUUUUCGAAAAAUAGCUCUGCUAGUUACUCUUUUGCUCAAAUUCAGCAUCAUACACUAAACUCAUGGGAAAUAUCAUAAACUUCACAAUGAACGUCCGAGCUUUGUAUUUCACAUAUUUAUCGAAACGAAGGCAACUUUUCUAAAGAGAAUAUUUUGUGAUGAAACCUCAUCAGGAAUAGCAACUUAAUCCCUUAUUUUACUUUUUGACUGGAGUCAAUAUUUCAUGAGGUGUCUGUAAGCUCAGAGGAUGAAAUUCACGAUAAGGAAUCCUGCAGAAUUUUUUCGCUCCUACCAUCUCAACUCCAUAAAACAGGCUAAGACUUUUCCUCCUUUUUUUAUCUUUCUAUUGAGUGACGUAUUAUCGAGGCACAAUACGUUGUUUAGACACAGAACGUCGCAUCGCUUUCUGUUAGUUCUCUCGUGAAGAUUUAAUCAAUUUUCUUUUAUUCACUCGUUUGUUUAUCCUUUAUAUAUACUUAAAUUUGAGAUUCCCGUCAAACAGAAUCGAAUUGGCUCUUCCAAAAGGCUUCCGUUGGUCAAACCGAAUUUGCCGUUCGUGUAGCCGGAGUUUCCUGCUGAACCAAUUUACACUGAGAUUUGGAUUGCUCGAGUCGAGAGGUCGAUUGCAUGAACCGAAAGUUCAGUUUGACAAACUGAAUAGAAUGGCCGAAUCUGAACAUCGCCCACAACGGUUUAUGCGACGAAAACCCAUUUUGUUCCGGCACUUCACGUAUCUGUUUGUUGGGUGUCAUUCCGAAAUGUUGAGUAGUGUUUUAAAAGAGCCAAUUCAACGAAGUUCCAUGUCUAUUUGUCCGUGUGAUACACGAUCAUGCAAUUGUUAUUUCCGACUGAUUCGUUGUCAGGACCACGGUGUCAGAUUCGGCAGAAAAUCUCUUGUGAGCCUGAAUCAUCGAACAUGAUAACAUCCCAUUUAUCGCCGAGUUGAUGGAUGUGCAGUGCACUGACCCUUUAUCUUACAGGAACAAAACACGUAACGAACAUCGGGCCGCAAUUAAAACGUACGCAUUUGCCCUCGAACGUCUGAUCAUUGUGGUGUCACGGUUUAUUAAUUUUCAAAAAAAUAAAAAAAAUCAUCACAGGGCAAACGAUCUCCAAAUCUUGUGAUAGAAGGUACCUUACUUGGUAUGAGUAUGAAUGCCAUACCUAAUAGACUUUUUUACGAUACUCGGCUUGACUGGAGCAAAGGAGUGAUGAGAUGAUUCGUUGCUUAAGUUGUUAGUUAUUUAAGAAAUACCUAUCCUCAGGAAUGCAGAGAUUAGCCAUAGUAUUAGGCACGUGGUCUUGACAAAUGAAACGUAUUCUCAAAAAGACUGCUCGUAGAUAAGUAUAUCGUUUAAAUUCUCUCAUUAAUGUUUUGGAGCGCAAAAAUCGCAGCCGCCAGCGACUGUGUUAGUGACUCUUCAUUUGUUGAUCAAUAUUUCAUUUUAUUCAUCGACGUUUGCAACAAACAUUUCCUUUGCUUCUUUCUUUCUUUUUCCCUCAGUCACGUAUUAAUAUAUGAGGAAAAUGAAGAUGAAAAGGCAGGACUGGAAAAAUUAAAUUUUCUUCGAUAAGAGAUCUGCUGAAUGACCUUAUUUUAAAAAUUUAUACUUUCAAAGUAUAUAAAGGACGUUGAAUAUGAUUUUGUAUUGAAUGAUUUUUCUGAUAAGAAUUUAUGCGCGUACGAUCUCGAAUUAAAGCUUAUCUUUCAUUCCUGAUUUGUAUAAAAUUUGUGUUUUUUCUUUUGUUCUAUUUCCUUUUUUCUAAAAAAAGAGAGAAAAAGUUAUAAUUUUUGUUAGAUGUGUACAAUAUAAUUAAAACCAAUGUAAUGACAUAACCCAAAUGGAAAAUUUUAAAAUAAAAAUGUGUCCAUGCGAACGUGA